UUCAAUCUACUUCCAGUUCCACUCGGUGGAUAUGAUCAUUUUUCAUUUUAUAAUUUACGAGAUACGUACGCAUUAACUUUGUUUUCAAUAAGAUAUCCAACUAUUUAACAUGACAAAACGAAUUAGGAACAAUGUUUUAAUAUCGUAAUAUUUUUAUAAAAAAAUCUUGUGGGACCCUUCCUAAAACUGAUCGUUCUGUGCAACAUUUGUAACACGAAACCUCCGACGUAAACACUCGCAUAACCGAGGCUAGUGUUAAAUGUAAAGAAUUAUUGUAAUUAUGAAAAUAUCGAAAAUCUAAAAGCACUUAUCGUCAGCUACAAAACUGAGGAUACAAAAUGAAGCUCGAAUUAUACAAUGAGAUAGUAGCAACGAUUCGGAAAUUUCGGGGUUUGUCAAAGGAUUGUAGAGAAAUUCUAAAAGAAAAGUAUACCGGUAUCCCAGUGAACACGUUGUACAGCAUACUCUCUUUAGAGAUACAACAUAAAAUGAAAAUUAAUCAUUACAAGUUGUUUGGGAACAAUAAGAAUUAUUAUGAUAUUUAUGUAAAAGCUGUUCAAAAUGGUGAACCUGUUGGAAUUUUAUUAAAAAUGGCUAAAGAGAUUGGCGCACCGCCUGCACUGUUAGCUAGAAAUGUGCUUGAGAAGCAUUGCGGUAAAGAUGACUCUAAUGUUUCCAGAAACGAAGUCAGCAAACUGUUCAAAGACACUACUCUCAUACAGGACAAGGACCUUGCUUACGAAGUCUAUUUGUGUAUUUUAUAUGACAAUCUCUAUGGACCUAUAGCAGAUGCCGUCGGGGUUUCUGUGGGUCAGGAAUACGAAUUGAAGAUACAGAAUUAUUUGACCGAAAGAAAGCUCGCAUUUCGAAAUGAGGAACAAUUAAGAUCGAGGGGUUACGACAAAACUCCGGAUUUCAAACUCGAAGUACCGAUCGCAGUGAACGGGUUCGUGAUUAACUGGAUAGAAUCGAAGGCGAGGUUUGGGAACAUGGAAAUACAUCAGAAAUAUGUGAAAGAACAAUUCUUGAGUUACUGGAAUAGAUUUGGCCCAGGGCUUGUGAUAUACUGGUUCGGAUUCCUGGAUAAUCUCAUUGAACCGAGCGAGAAGAGGUUUAUUAUCAUGGAUCAUUUUCCAGAGAUCAUCACGUACAUGGAUCCUACUUGUAUUAAACCUACGACUUUAUGAUCAGGACGAGAAUCUAUUAUUUUGCAACGACAUAUAGUAUUAUAAGAUUGAUACUCAUAGAAUAAGAACUACGUAUUGUUAAAUAAAAUACUUUAUUUUAUAAUGUU